CUGCCACUUCCUCAUUUGUUGUUUUCAGGGUUCCAACGGGAGUCCCCCAGGGGGUGGGGGAGAGUUGGGACCCUCCUCGCCUACUCUCCCUGGCCCCACGGCCCCGGGCCUGGCAAGGCAGGGAGUGGGGAACAAAGGAGACUUCCUGGAGGAGGAGAGACGAAGGACUGGGAGGGUAGUUGCAAGCUUGAGGUUCUUCCCACCCGGCUGGCUCUGUCUCCUUCCCUCUCUUUCUGAGCUUUCUUUUCUCUCUCUCUUCCUCCAUCCCUUGUGCUCCAGCUCAUCAGGGGAAUCCCACCACGACAGAUGACAUCCGGACGGGGAUGACGGGCGGCAGGUCUCACCCCCCGAACACCAUGCGGCCGCGCCGGUUCUUCAUCUUGGUGCAGGAUUUCUCUGGGGGAGGUGGGGGGCAGGUGCCCCGGGGCAGCCUCCUGAGCCAGGCGGGUGAGCCCCCCUCCCCGGACUGCCCCUUCUGGGCCAAGCUGCUGGACACGGAGGCCAUGGUGCAGGUGCCGGCCCGGGCUGCGCAGGAGCUGAGCAAAGAGCAAGCCGGGAUGCUGCAGGCCGUGACCAACGGGGAUGAGCGACUGGAGCUCUUCAGACAGGAGGGGCUGCUGGGCAGGCGGGGGGCCCUGCGCCCGGGGGACCGGGUCCGGGUCCAGAUCACCUCGGCCUCUGGGGAGAAGGUCCGGGGUGUCCUGCGCUACCGGGGACCCAUGGGAGACAGCAAGGAGCAGGCUGGAGUCAUCUUCGGGGUGGAACUGGUGGGAUCAGCGGCUGGGAAGGGUUUCACCGACGGCUCCUUCAGAGGCCAGAAGUUCUUCUCAUGCCGGGAGAACUGCGGGGUUUUUGUGCCUGUGAGCCGGAUUGAGCCAGAGGAGGGGUCUGAGUGCAGCCCCCUAAUGGCUCCCCGGGGCAGCCGCCGGACAGACACCAGGCUCCAGCUGGCCGCAGGGGACCCCCUCAAAUCUUCUCCACCCCUGGAGCUCGGCGAUCGGGUCUUCUUCAAGAUGGAUGACAGCACCCCCACGGGCACUGUGGUUUUCUGCGACUAUCUGCCCAAGAAGAAGAUGACUGGGGUCUUCGUGGGGAUCUACCUGGAUCAGCCCGUUGGUUCAUGGGAUGGCAAAUUCAAAGACCAAUCGCUCUGCCACUUCCCCUCUCCAGAGUACGGGAUCCUCCUGCCAAUCGCCAAAGUACAUAAAGAAAAGGCUGAUGAAGGCCCCAAGGCCUUGAGUGAUGACCCCUCCCUAGGGCUCCUCGAUGACUCCCCGUCCCCCUCCUCCAUUCGAUACCCCCCUAGACCGGAAUGGGGGUCCCCUCAUAGCUCCCCCUCCUCCCUGUUGACAGGGGGCACCGAGGAGCGGGGGGAAGGGGAGGAGGAGGAAGGAGGGGAGGAGAAGCUGGCUUCAUCCCUGCUGGAAAUCAACUCUAUGGUGGAGGUGCACGACCCCCCAAUCUACGGGGUGAUCCGCUGGAUUGGGGAGCUGCCGGAUGUGGGGGAGACCAUUGCAGGGCUGGAGCUGGAGGAGCCGAUGCCCUCAGGCUGCACAGACGGGAUCUACCGAGGGAUGAGGUACUUCCAGUGCCCGCCUGGCAAGGCCCUCUUCGUCAAGAAACGCCACUGUCGGCCCGAUGCCCGCUUUGGGGUGCCCCAGCCCCCUGAGAACCCUGUGCUGCGCUGCAACUCACUGGAUUUCAGGGUCUACGCCAGCGAGCGGGUGCCGGAGGACACCCCCCCGGGGCUGGGUGAAGAGGGGGGUCAGCGCCUGACGGGCUGGAAGAAGGGGAUCCAGGGUCAUUGCAACUCCUGCUACCUCGACGCCACCCUCUUCUGCAUGUUCGCCUUCAGCUCCGUGCUGGACUCGCUGCUGCUGCGCCCCGCGGACAAGAACGACGGGGCGACUUAUGAGGAGACCCGGGACCUGCUGAGAACCGAGAUCGUUAACCCCCUGCGCAAACACGGCUACGUCUGCGCCACCAAGGUGAUGUCCCUGCGGCGGGUGCUGGAGGAGGCUGGACACUCCCCGGGCUUCACCAGCGAGGAGAAAGACCCCGAGGAAUUUCUCACCCUGCUGUUCCGGGUGCUGAAGGUGGAGCCCCUCUUUAAGAUCCGGUCAGCGGACAAGGACCCCCAGGGCUGCAUCUUUUACCAGAUCUUCAUGGAGGGGAGUGCAGGGGGGGCGGGCCGGGGGGUCCCCACAGUGCAGCAGCUGCUGGAGGGGUCACUAGCCGCUGGUGACCUCAAGUUCACCGAGGCCCCCUCCUGCCUCAUCCUGCAGAUGCCCCGCAAUGGCAAGUACUACAAGGCCUUCGCCACCAUCCUGCCUAGUCUGGAGCUGGACCUCACUGACCUGCUGGAAGACACCCCCCGGGAGUGCUGCAUCUGCCAGGCUCUGGCGCUGAGCGAAUGCCCCCAGUGCUACGGGGACCCCAGCAUCGGAGCAGGGAGCACCCGUCAGUACUGCACUCUCUGCUGCCAGCAGGUUCACCGUCACCGCGCCCGGCGCUCCCACCGCCCCCGCGCCCUGCGCCUACCCCCAGAGCUGGAGCACCUGCCACCCCUACCAGGCCCCCUGCCCCGCCAGACUAUGCAGCUCUACGCCGCCCUCUGCAUCCAGACCAGCCACUACGUGGCCUUCGCCCGCCACGGUCCACACCGCGGCCAAUGGCUCUUCUUUGACAGCAUGGCCGACCGCCAGGGUGGCCAGAAUGGCUUCAACAUCCCGCGGGUCACACCUUGCCCGGAGGUGGCCGACUACCUGGAGAUGAGCCCAGAGGAGCUCCAGGUGCUGGACCCCAAGUCCCUGCCCCCCUGUGCCCGACGCCUGCUCUGCGAUGCCUACAUGUGCCUCUACCACAGCCCCACCCUUGGGCUUUACAAAUAGUCUCUCCCCUGGGGUGCAGGGAUACGGCGAUUGGGGAGAGGGCAACGGAACUAUUGCCCAAUGAGGGGACUUUAUUUGCACCAUGAAUGCACCUGUGCCUUUAAGAAGCGGCUGGAAACGACUUGGACCUAUAGCUCAACUUUGGUAUCCUUAUGCCCCUUAAAAGGGCUGGAUCAGAGCUGGUGUCCCCUGGAGGGGAAAGGUCCUGUGUCCCAUUCCCCGCCCUUUGGUCCUCCAUCCUGGGGCCAGAUGGGAGCUGGCGGCCCCUAGAGGGGAAAGGCCCCAUGUCCCAUUCCCCACCCCCUGAGCCGGCCAGUCUCACAUCCUGGGGCCAGAUGGGAGCUGGCGCCAUGAGACUAGAAAAGGACCUGUGGCCUAUUCACCCACCUACAUGCAGGUGGUCGAGAGCAAGCACAUGAGCUCUGAGCUUUUCUACACCUUGCUGGGGGGCAUCAUGAGAUGGCCUGAACUCAUGGGCCUUAGGGGCUGUCCCUGGGCCCCACUUCUUCUGCUGCUUCCCCCCGCCCAUUCCCCCCGCCCCCCAUAGCCAGUAGGUGCUGAUGGCCCCAUUGUGACACUGACAUUAAAAGCGGACAGGACUGAAAAAUUCCACUGCCGUGGGCCUCAACCAAA